AUGGCGGGCGGCGGUGCGGGGCGGGCGCUGCUCCCGGCGCUGCUGCUCCUGGCGGCGGGAGCGCUGGGCAAGCCCACGGCGCGGCAGGAGCGGGCGCGGCCCGGAGCGCAGCACGAGGACCGGCCCGGCUUCCAGUACGACCACGAGGCCUUCCUGGGCAAGGAGGAGGCGCGGAGCUUCGACCAGCUGAGCCCGGAGGAAAGCCGGGAGCGCCUGGGGAAGAUUGUGGAUAGAAUAGAUGACAACAAAGAUGGCUAUCUCACAACAGAGGAAUUAAAAACCUGGAUUAAGCGGGUACAGAAACGCUAUAUCUAUGAAAACGUGGCUAAAGUUUGGAAAGACUAUGAUCUAAACAAGGACAAUAAAAUUGCCUGGGAAGAAUACAAACAAGCCACAUAUGGUUAUUAUCUAGAAAAUCCAGAAGAAUUCCAAGAUGCAACUGAUCAGCACAGCUUUAAGAAAAUGCUGCCCAGAGAUGAAAGACGAUUCAAAACUGCAGAUCUGGAUGGAGACUUGGCUGCCACUCGUGAAGAAUUCACUGCUUUCCUUCACCCGGAGGAGUUUGAGCACAUGAAAAACAUCGUUGUCCUAGAAACCUUAGAAGACAUAGACAAAAAUGGGGAUGGUUUCGUGGAUCAAGACGAGUACAUUGCUGAUAUGUUUGCAAAUGAAGAGGGUGGACCAGAGCCUGACUGGGUGAUUACAGAGCGUGAACAGUUUGCAGAUUUUCGUGACCUCAACAAGGAUGGAAAGAUGGACAAAGAUGAGAUUCAGCACUGGAUUCUCCCUCAAGACUAUGAUCAUGCCCUGGCUGAAGCCAGGCACUUAGUCUAUGAGUCUGAUGCAGACAAGGAUCAAAAACUAACAAAAGAGGAAGUUCUUGACAACUGGAAUAUGUUCGUUGGAAGUCAAGCUACUAAUUAUGGGGAGGACCUCACAAGAAACCACGAUGAACUAUGAUACAAAUACCAACCAGUAUGCUACACACCUUUUCUCCACUUUACUGAAAUCACUGUGUCCAUCCCUUCUUUCGGGGGGAGAUGGGCAAGGGACACUCACAGCUGAACAACUUGCAUUAAUAUAUUUUUAACAUGCCAGCUUAUUACCUCAGAAACCGCUUAGAAAUAGCUUUUUACUCUUUUCACGUGGUUAUAUGCAAUAUAUAGUUACUACAGGCUUUAUUUUGGAAAAAAAAAGGUAACUUUUCUGAGUAGAUUAGAGCCUGACACGGAAAAAGCACUUCUAAAAAACAUAAUUGCAAGGAUGUUUAAUAGUGAAAUAUUUUCUUCAAAUACCCUCUUUUACCAUAGUGAAAUGCAGCUAGGGUUAGAAAGAAACCUAAUGUUUAAACAGACUAAGCUGUUUAGUUGUCUUUUUUUUAAUAGCAUAUAACAAUUUAAAGUUAAGACUUUGAGCCAGAGAAGAGGUUUGACACAACCUUUGUCUCCACAGAGGUUUUGUCUCCCACUUUGGGUCAGAGGUGCUGCAGAAGUUAUCCAGCAGCCCUCUGGUUCAGAGCUUUCCAAGUUCAACACGUGCAGCUGGCCCUUCUCUCUGACCCCCAUCACAGAGCAGAGGGGAUGUGGAGUUCAGAGGGGCAGCUGCUCACUCCGAGGGCGGGGGAACGCACAGCUGUUUGGGGGCUGUUGGUUGGGCUGUUCCCUGGCAGGAAUUGUGCCACACGGAGCAUCAUUUACCUCGCGCUUUUCGCGCUUUACCCGAGCCGGGCUCUUGUUCGUGCAGUGUGAAUGGCAGCAGCUCUGUGAUGGAGAAAGAAUGAGACAUAUCACCCCUCUGGGCCUUCUGCCUCCUCUGCCACGUAAGAGGACAGAUUUAUGUGGCUAAAGUUCUGGGUUUGUAUGUAUAUACGUUUAAGGACAUGUUAGUGAAGCAACUCUACAAAGACAGCUCUCCUUCCCAAAAAGAGGGUAAGCUUUCCACACAGGUGCUUUCUUUUUUACUGUAUAAUGUGAGUUGUUACAUGUAUAUUUUUAUAUACCCAAGUUAGAUAAGUUUGGUUGGUUUUAAAUGUACCGGUUUUAAAAUAAGCACAAUAAAACCAAUACUUCUUUUUGAUACUGUGAAGGUGCAAUAACACAGACUAACACAGAGAAAUGAUGUGAAAGCACAAACCAAGCCUCUAAAGCCAGUGGUUCCCAAAGGACUGGGUCAUUGGCAACUCCUGCAGCACUGGGUGGUCAUUUACAAAGAGCAGCUGGACAUACAGCACCGACUGUUUCUUCUUCACCUCAAUAAAAAAAAAAAAGCUAGAAAGGAGUCCAAUAUACAUAGUUGCUAUGACUAGAAUUGUUUCUGAACAAUAAUAACUGGGAGAUUAGGGCUCCACAGCAGUCACUGGGAGGUUCCUUGAAGGUUUGGCCUACAGCAUCACACGCUGGAGGUCACAUAACCAUCCAGAGAGGAGCUUUGAGACUCCCGGGUUGUGAUACACUUCAGCAGUUCAACAAAUCUGUGAAAAUCAGCAUGAGACAAUGCAGAGCUGUGACCUUUGUAAGCAGGGUCAUUUUCAUAAGGUCAUACAAGAACUGUGGUGGAAUAUUUUACAUCUUCUCAUUGAAGAUAAUUAAAUCUAGAUACCAGAGGCUGGCAGAGAUUACAUGUUCUUGCUAUAGCACCAUUACUGAGCUUUUGGUGUGCACUUCUUAUGACAUUGCCAGCAAUGUCUCUGCAAAGUCCCUACCUCUUCUAGUAACAUACAGUAGGACAAAUGUCAUAAGACAUAAGUGAACUGGUUUUGCUUUUAGAGUACCCUCAAGUUAAAUAAAUGCCUAAGUGCAGCGUUACCUGAGAAGCAAUAAAAUUGUAUCUUGGCACAUGUAAA